GAAAGUUCAAUUCCAAUAACAAUUUCUACUCGUUUUUCCCUCUUUCUUCGCCUGCAAGAUCCUUUUCUCUUCUUCUUCUUCUUCUUCGGUUAAUUAAUUAAUUAAUUUGAUUUUCUAUUCAGCACGAAACCAAGCCUCAUCAUAGCUAUUCUUUCUUUGAUAAACAAAUAAAACGAAUCGUUAGUUCUUCAGUUCGUGUGUUUGCGCAAAGCAUGUUGCAUAGAAGCUUCAAGCCCGCAAAGUGCAAAACGACAUUGAAGCUCGCCGUUUCACGCAUAAAGCUUUUGAAGAACAAGAGAGAAGCCCAAAUAAAGCAACUCAAGAGAGAGUUGGCUCAAUUGCUUGAGUCUGGUCAGGACCGAACUGCUAGAAUCCGGGUUGAACAUGUUGUCAGAGAAGAGAAGACGAUGGCAGCUUAUGAUCUUGUUGAGAUAUACUGUGAACUUAUCGCCGCACGCUUGCCCAUGAUCGAAUCACAAAAAAACUGCCCCAUUGACUUGAAGGAAGCAGUUUCAAGUGUAAUAUUUGCAUCUCCGAGAUGUUCAGACCUACCAGAGCUCAUGGAUGUGAAGAAGCAAAUCACAUCUAAGUAUGGAAAAGAAUUUGUCUCAGCAGCUAUUGAAUUACGCCCUGACUGUGGUGUAAAUCGCAUGUUGGUUGAGAAAUUGUCUGCCAAAGCGCCUGAUGGUCCAACCAAGAUAAAAAUACUGGCCGCAAUUGCCGAGGAGCAUAAUAUCAAAUGGGAACCCAAGUCACUUGGAGAAAAUGAUGUAAAGUCUUCUCAAGACUUUUUGGUUGGGCCAAGUACUUCUGAAAAGGUUGCUUAUGCUGAACCUUCUCAAAUUCAUGUUCCACCUGCUCAUGAUGAAAAGGGUCCUUCCAAUUUACAUGCUCCCUCACAAGUUAAACCAGUGCAUCAUUCAUCUACAAAUUCAUAUGAGCAGACUGCAAGUGGUGCUGCUAGAAAGGAUCAAUCAACAACAUCAGGCGUGUCCAAUUCAGAAGUCGGAUCUUCAGGAACUGGAAGUCAAGAAACGAAAUUUCAAGAUUCAUACUCUGGAAACAAUAGUUCUUUUCCUAUGAAUAGGCAGAAUUGGAGCAUGGAAUUCAAGGAUGCGGCCUCUGCUGCGGAGGCAGCUGCAGAAUCUGCCGAACGUGCUAGCAUGGCUGCAAGGGCAGCUGCAGAACUUUCAAACCGUGAAAAUAUGACAAGGCAGUAUUCAAGUGGAUCACAUAGUUCUUCUAGAAGCGGGUUGAGAGAUGAAAGAUCCCAAGAAUACACUUUUCAUGAUGACAAAAAUCUUUCUACAAGUCCUGUUGAUGCUAGCUUCCAUAGAAGCAGUUCUGGGAUGCACAAUGAACAAAUUACUGCUACAGAACAAGAUAAUCUGGUAGGACCGCCCAAUGAAUAUUACAGGAAUAGUCAUGAGAAUGUGGUGAGACAUGCCCAGUCAGCUUCAUUGAUGCCUGGCAGUGUUUUCAAUGAUGAUAAACCAUUUACCGAUGGUUCUCAAAUGGCUGAUAUAUAUCAGCAUAAUAACUCAUUUGGGCAAAAGAGUAGUGACUUACCCGAAAUGAGUAUAAAAACACAAGCAGGCAGAAGUGAAGAAGAUUUUGUGACUGACCUAUAUGAUGACAGUGAUUUGAAUGCUGAAAACAAUUAUCACUUUGGAGAUGCAAGGACAAAUAGACAAUCUAGUAAAGUUUCCUCUUCUCAUUUCAUUACUCCAACUGAUGAUCACAAUGAUAAUUUGGACUUGGAUGACUGGAAUACGAGGAACAAAGCUGUGGAAGAUCCUUUUGUUACUGAUGAAGUAAACACUCAGAGAAACAAUAUGGAAACAAGUUCUUAUAAUGAUACUACUGUUGUAUUUGAUGAUUCUGGAUCAGAGGAUGAUGAUCAUAAGUUUGAUGUUGAUAAAAAGUACAAUGGUGAGGGAUCUAGUUUGUUUGUCUCAUCCCCUGCUAGCAAAUCACAAGUUGAUCCAUUUGAAAAUACAAAUUCUUUGGCCUAUGGACAAAACAUUGAUGAGAAAGUGACAAGUUCUGGUACACAGUCACAUUUUUCUGUGGUUUCUGAAAGAUUGACAUCUGCAGUUUCUUCUGAAAAAGAAGACUUGCCAUCUGUCACUUUUGAUGAUUCAGAUGACCCAGGUUCAGAUAGUGACAUGAAUUUUGUCAACAAGUCUAAGGUUUCUGGGCUCUCUGAUUAUGGAAAGUUUUUCCUUGAUCCGAUUGCAAGCCAUGGGGUUCCAGGGUCCUCAUCAAGAAAUGAGAAAAAUGUGGGCACUGACAGAAAGUCUUGGUUGUCACCUUUGUCAGUUGAUUCAGAUACUGUGGAAGAGCAUUUUGAGAGAAGGGUAGACACCACUACUGUGUCAGAAAAGAAUUUGGGUUAUGAUGACUUGCCAGCCAGUCAGCCACCUACAAAGGAAAGAAGCUCUAUAUUGGGUUUGGAUCUCGAGGCAAACAAUGAUACUGAAACUCUGGAGGAAUAUCAUAAAGAGAGUGGCAAGGAAUUAAGCUAUGGUACCUUGAAGGGCGGUCUUCGCAAUAAAGGCUUCAAGCGACCACCUUAUAUUAAGAAUACACUGGAUGAUGUUUCAUCUUCAUUGGGGGACACUUCAGUCCAGAAUGAAGGAUCUUUGCCUACAGCAAGGACUUCAAUUGGUUCUGAUGCUCGUGUUCAGGACAAGUACACGAGGGAAGUGAGCAGAGGAAACAGGAAUGUGGGCCUGGGAGCGCACAAAAUACCUUCUGAUUCUGAUAGUUACCGUGUGGUUGCAAAUUCACAAGAGACUCUUGCUAGUACUAAUGAACCUCGCAUUCAAAAAGAGCAGAGGGAAGUAAAAAAGAAAUCAAGCUCAAGGGCCUCUGUUACAUACUUCGGUUCUGAUAAUAGUGAUUCUGAAGAUGAACUUACUAAACAAAAUUCACCUAGUCUUGCCCGUCCUAUUAGUGGAAUAUCUCGAAGGACAUCAGCUUCUUCUAAAGCUGCUACAGGUUUAAGCUCAAGAGAUGCUCCUUUAUCCAAGGCUUCUGUGACUUCUGCUGCAACACUUGGAUGGAAAUCUUCAAGGACUUCUUAUGAGAGUAAUAAUCAAAAUGCUUCAACCAUAAUGAAGAGCUCUGAAAAUGGGACAGGAUCUAAGCCUGGAUCAGCCAAAAACAAAGCAUCCGAGCAAAUUUCAGAACCUAAUAGAUCCUUGGAUGGGGAAAUUUCGAAAUCAUCUGCAAGGGUGCAACCUUUCAGUUCUCCUAAAACAGUGAUACAAGAUAAUGAAGAGGCCCAAGAGGUUGAUGGAGAUACUUCCUCUAAGCAGAAGGUUGGGCACGUUCAUCCAAAGUUACCCGACUAUGAUUCUUUUGCUGCCCACUUCCUGUCUCUUAAGAAGGGUCGUCAAUAAAUUUCACUUGCUUCCACCUAGCAACAUAGCUACUCGUACAUAGUCUUUGAUGGUUUAUCUUUCUUCUGCAGCCUCCUGUAUUAUGUUACAUAUAGAUGCGUGAUUUCAGAUUCGAAGCAUUUGAGGAAUAAGGAUGGGACUUAUGUUUUUUUCUUUUUUUUGUAAACUGAGUCAGGGUGUAUAGGUUUUACUAUCUCAUUUUUGGUACAUCUCUAUUUGAGGACUAUUGCACAUAGUUGAAUGUUUCACUGUAAAUAUUCACCGAAUGCAUUGUAUGUUCAUUCCACUCAGCUGAUUAAUGUUACAUUCUUUCAUACACUCC